AGACAAAAACUCUCUCUGGAGGCCUCGGGCGUCUUCUCUCUUCUCCCCCCUCGAACGCACGCGAUUGGGAUCGGCUGCGCGUGCCAUCCCCGCCAUUUCCCGUCCCUCCGCGCUCCGAUUCGUCAGAGUUUCUGCACCCCAUGGCGUCCCCAGAUAUCUCCAUUGAUAUUCGCCCAGAGUUCAUGUCAUUUGAUCUAAGAAACGCGAGAUAUCUCUCAACUGAUAGACCUUGGCUGAAACUAUAUGGAGUAAGACUUCCACCCGUCUCACCAUUCAGCAGUUUGAGCAGUAGGCCCGAUCCGGCGCUUAUUCACCAGUGCUUACCUGAUGAACUGCUUAUCGAGAUCUUUGCAAGAAUGAGCCCAUACACUUUAGGAAGGGCUGCUAGUGUCUGCCGCAAGUGGAAAUAUACUGCACGCAAUCCUACUUUGUGGCGUAACGCUUGUCUGAAAACGUGGCAGAGGAAUGGAAUGGAGGCAAACUACAAGAUGGUGCAGUCGUUAUAUGAUUCUUCCUGGAGGAAAAUGUGGGUGCAGAGACCAAGAAUCCAAAUUGAUGGUCUUUAUGUUAGUAGAAACACAUAUAUUCAUACUGGAAUUACAGAAUGGCAGUUCAAGAAAACUGUCAAUGUGGUUUGCUACUACCGUUACUUGAGAUUUUUUCCAAGCGGGAAGUUCCUGUACAAGAUAUCGCCACAGAAAGUUAAAGAUGUUGUCAAGUGCAUGCACCUCCGAGCAUCAAAAGGCGAUAGUGUGUUUAAAGGCGACUAUACACUGUCUGAGGAUGGGCAGAUAGAAAUGGCACUCCUAUAUCCAGGGCAUAGGUACACGCUUGUUAGGAUGCGCCUCAGGGUCAGAGGAACUACACUAGGCGCAAAUAACAGGCUGGAUGUCUUAAAGAUCCUAACCACAGGGGUGAAUGGGACUGAACUGAAAAACUGGAAAGGCAACAUACUUGAACUUAUUGAGGGCUGGGAGGAGAAUGAGACGCAUGACCCAGACGUGCCUGCUGUUUCCCACAGCAGGGGUUUGACUCCCUUUGUGUUUAUUCCAUUUGAGGAGGUUGAUACUUCAGUGCUAAACCUACCAGUGGAGAAGAUGGAUUACUUUGUCCCUGGGUGAGCUACCUCGUGAAGGUACCAGGACAUUGGGGAAUGAAAAUGGUCGAAUUCUCAUUGCAUGCUAAGGUUAUGAUGCGGAUGGAGACGAUAAGCAUAUUUCGUUCCAGACCGAGUUCAUGUUGGAGCGAUUUGUACAUAUGUAGUACUUGUCUUUCCUUUUCAGGUUUUAGGAUUGUUGUUGUAUGCUAUGUAUGCUGCUGCUUUGAUGUGGCCAUAAAAUGAACGCCACGUCGAAACAGGGUGGAAACAUCCUCCCACAUCACAAAGUUAUGUAUAACUAUGGAUAUCGAAGGCUGUAUUGCAUAACUGUUGAGUCUAGUUAAUGAUAUCAUGGUGCCUGAACAAAGUUAUGCAUAA